AUGCCCAAGGCUUCCGAUCCUACCACCACCGGGUCCAAAGCCCACACCAAGCCUGCCAACACACUCAAGCGCAACCAGGCCUGUCGACAAUGUCGCAAGCGCAAAAUGAAAUGCGAUGCGGGCCGUCCCUGCAAGGCCUGUCUCAGGACACACGCCGCCGCCGUUGGCAAUCUCGUCAAACAGGGCCUCCCCCUCGACUCUAUUCAGCCCGAUUGUGUAUACGACGGCGAUGACCAAGAAGAGUCACCUCCCCAUCACUAUGAGUCUACCAUUCGCUCCCAGGCCCAGCCAUCCUUGUUCUCCCCAACGUCUCAGCCCCAGCCGCAGGCCCCGAACCUGAGCACCACACUGCCAAGUUUGUUCGACGGCGCAACUGGUCUCGAUACGCUAUUCGGUGAUGUCAACCCUACCAUUCUCCAAGAUAACAACACCCCAAUCAAUCUCACCGACGCCUAUAUUCCUUUCGAGCCUAAUUUCGGAGCCGAGCCAUCCGCGAUGGUACCCCACAGUUGGCCCGAAGAGCUCCCCGAACCAUACGUGUUGAUGCACCUGACACGCACGUUUUUCGCAUCGCACGCACUGGCCCCGCAUCUCUUACAUCGACCGACCUUCCUCACUCGACUCGCUCUCCCCCCUACCCACGCAGCCUUCCCCGCCCCUGCACUUUUACAUGCCAUCUCAGCCGUCGGCGCACUCUACGCACCUCAACCCGGUCCGUCUCUCGAUUUCGACUCGGGCCCCAUCGUCGGAUCUGUGUUCCGCCCGAGAGAGGAAAUCGAAAAGAUCAAGAGGCUGAGGGAGAGACUCGAAGCGGCUGGGACAUCUGGUACAUACCCAACACGAAGUGCACCCAAGACCGGCGGGCCACUCGACGACAUGUCGUUCGGAGACAAACACGCCGCCUUGUGUUUCGCCAAGGCCCUCGACGACGCUCGGAUCGGUAGAAGACUACUGGAAAACGUGCAGGCCUUGAUUGUGCUCGCAUGGUGGAUGGGCGCCAACGCCCGGUGGAGCGAAGGCUGGGCGAUCACCGGGAUGAUCAUGCGAUAUUGCAUUCCUAUUGGCCUGACAGCCUCGGCAUCGUAUGAUGACCAUAUCACCGGGGGACCCGGCGCGCCCGGGAUGGCCGACAUCGACUCGCCGAUCAUCCCAACUGAAAUGUCACCCACGCCAUCGUCGAACGUGACACCCAACAUGAACAUGCCGACGCCGAACCCUGCGAACGAUAGCGGGCCUGGGCCGGAUGCGUUUAGCGCUUCGGGGCUGACGUUUAACGCGGACGGGAGUAUCAACUUUGGGCUGGUGGAUGAGGCUGGAGCGUACAAUGCCGGGUUUGGGUCGGAUCCGGGUUUAGCUUCAGCUUCGGGUGCCGGUACAGGUCCGGGUACAGGUGCCAGGCCGUUUGGUCAGACGUUUCCGACAUCGAUUCGUAGUCCGUCGUUCAUGUUCAGCGCUGGAUCCCGCGUGGAUCCGGUGAACGACCAUACGCGUACUCGGCCGCCACGAAGGGGUCGAGGUCGAGCGGGGAACUGGAAGAGCGAGACGAUACUGCGGCCGACGCAUGAUGUGGUCGAGAGUGAAGGAAGGCGGAGGACGUUUUGGCAUGCGUACUUGCUUGAUCGAGGUCAAGGCUCUGCGACGGCUUGGCCGAUGGCGAUCGAUGACCUGGACGUUGGCCAGGACUUUCCUUUGACGCUGAGUGCGUUCGAAUGUGGGGAAGAGCCGAAUGGAUACAAGCGGCAGAAACUAAUGACGGCAGACUUGCUGACGCACCAUGAGAUGCCGAUGACAGACUCGUUUGUGCUGCUGCUGAAGGCCAACGCAUUACUGUCUCGAAUCACGAACUUCAACAUCCGUCUUCGCACUCGACUGGGCGACACAUCACCCUCUUUGGACCUGCGUACCGUGCCAGCAUUCAAGACUCUGGAUUCGCAGAUUGCCGCAUUCAGACUCAGCAUUCCUCGGGCAUACCGAGACGCGUUUGAUGCGCCUCCGCCGGGUGCGAUGUUUGACCAGCACGGUGUUGAAUCAUUCUCUGCGUGGUUUGAAAGGGCUAAACUCGACUCUGACUUUAGGGCGACUAUACUGCUGCAUGACCCACAUUGCGAUCCAGACUCUCGAAACGAUGGGCUGAUCAGCACGACGUUUGACUUUUCGCAUUUGCCUCAUAGUCUGAUAUACUACUGGACAGUCGCAUCGAGGUGGCUGAUUCGGCUAUACGGCUCGGCCCUGUUCAUGGAGGACUAUGAGAACGCAAUGAUCAUUCGACAGGAGAUCGAGGUGUUCCGACAAGGCAUGGAGAGAAUGGGCGAACGGCUGCCUCACGGGGCGCGCUACUCGAGAGUGAUCCCUGAGCUGUGCAAGGAAGUGGAGCAGCAGGCGAUGGACGACAUAGAUGAGCGAAAGGCGCAGCUGAAUCGCGCACAAGGCCAGGCGCAAGGGCAAGGGCAAGGCCAGGGGCAGGGGCAGGGUGGGAUGGGUCAGACACAAGGCCAAGGCGGGCUAGGACAGACGCAAGGCCAGUCGGCGAGAGAUGCGGCGCGGGCGAGCGAUCCGAGGACAGAGUGGAUGUACCAGGCGACGGGACGGGAAGGUCAUGUGGACGUUCAGGCGGGUGGCGAGUACUCGGCGGGAGGUGAUUUGGCGGCGUGUGGUCUGAUAUGGGCCCAUGAGAACCAGCAGUAA